AUGCUGGAGAAGAACGCGACCGUCAUGAAUCCCGAGGAUGUAGAGUGCUCCGGGGUCAAGAGUGACGCGAGCCCCGAGACCCUGGCGCCACCUCGCCCCGAUGAAGUGGAACCUAAAGCAGAAAAAAGGAAUUCUAAGACUUUGGCGGUAGCAUUCCUCUUAUCGCCCGUCGAUCGCUACGGAUUCCUGGUCACAGAUAAGCGCUACAACGGAGGCCAUGCUACAUCCACCACAUACAAACACGCAGUGUGGCUCGAGAACCGCCGCACGCAGAAGUGGGUCAAGAUGAUUGGGAAACAACUUGAGGACUGGGAGGUCUGUCAGCUACGGAACGCUGCCACACUCAAGAAGCGUAUUCGCAAGGGCAUUCCUGAGGCCCUGCGCGGCCGUGUGUGGAGUCACCUUGCUGGGUCCUCGCAAAUGCUGCUGAAUAACCCAGGCGCUUACCACCAACUAUUACAGACUACUCAAGUUCCUUGUGAAGAGACGAUCGCGCGCGAUAUCGGACGCACGUUCCCCAAACACUCACUAUUCCGGGACCGCUCCUCGCUGGGUCAAUGCGCUCUCAUGAACGUCCUCAAAGCAUACUCGCUGCACGAUCCCGAAGUGGGCUAUUGCCAAGGCAUGGGCUUUCUAACGGCCAUGUUCCUCUGCUACAUGCCGGAGCAACAGGCUUUCUGGCUGCUUGUGGCAUGCCUGAACCACAAGCGUUAUGGGCUCGCAGACUUGUACCGUCCACGCAUGCCGAAGGUACCCGAGGUGACUUUUAUCUUUGAGGGGCUCUUCAAGCAGCUCAUGCCACAACUUUCAGCUCAUCUCGAGAAUGAAGGUUUGCACCCGACCAUGUAUCUCACGCAGUGGUUCCUCACACUGUUCACGUAUAAUUUCCCUUUCGAGUUUGUCACUCGAGUCUGGGAUGCCUUCCUACACGAGGGGUGGAAGGUCAUCUAUCGCGUUGCACUAGCACUUAUGAAGAUCUCGCAGAAGACCCUUUUGAGCGCCAAGUUUGAAACUAUUAUGGACUACUUCCGCGAUUUACCCAACAAGGUGGAAACCGACGAAGUACUAGCGACGGCAUUUCGGAUGCCGAUAAGGCGAGCUCAGAUCGCACAUUUGCUCGAGGAGUACCACACUUCAACCGCUGCUUCUUGA